UUUAGUGGGCUAAAGGAGGAUUAAAGAGAUUAGGCCACAUUAUUCAAUCUCUGCAGAGUGUGGAGAGAAAUCAUUUGUUAAGAAUGCUUAGAAUGGGCAGAAAGAGAGAGAAAAAGAGAGAGAAAGAGAGAGCAUUCCAGAAGAAUGGAGGCAUCCUACUUGAGAAGCUGGUUGCCACUUGUAAUGGCAAGCCUCCUAUCCCGAUCCGUAACUUCUCCGAGAAAGACCUUAUCUCUGCCACCAAUAACUAUGAUCCUCGCCUUGCUUUACAUGAUGAUGGGUGCUGGAAAUGGUAUAAGGGUUCUCUUGAAGGCCGAACUAUUUCCAUUAAGAAGGACAAAGGCAGCCUAUAUUUGGAUGAGGUCUUCACUGAUAUAGCUAUUUCUGCAAAGAUGAGCGCUCACAAGAAUGUUCUACGGCUCGUGGGAUGCUGCCUCGACACUCAAGUUCCUAUUUUGGUGUAUGAAUCUACUGGGGAAACAACCCUUCACAGUCGAAUUCUUGGCUCCAAUUCUGAUACAUCUCCACAUCAGAGAAUGGCGUGGCAGAGUAAAUUAAAGGUUGCAAGGGAGAUUUCUCAUGCAAUUGCUUAUCUCCACACUGCCUUCUCUACACCCAUCGUUCAUAGGGAUAUAAAUCUUAAAAAUAUUUUAUUUACCGAACAUGAUGUCCCCAAACUGUCUGAUUUUUCAUAUGCCAUCACAAUUCCCGAGGGUGAAACUCACGCAAAUGAUUCGACAUUGUGCGGGAGUCUUGGAUUCAUGUGCCCUAACUAUAGUGAAACAGCCCGAGUAACAGAGAAAAGUGAUGUUUAUAGCUUUGGUGUACUUCUAUUAGUGUUUUUAACUGAACUACUGGCCCAUGACGAACGUCGAGGAACAGAAGAUUCGGACAUAGUAAAAUAUGUGAGAAAGUGUAGAAUAAAUGAGAUUGUUGAUCCUGCGAUCAUCGCAAGGGAAGGAGCAGCUGUGCUGGAGCUUACCUUUGCAUGCACGAAAGACGAUCCAGAUGAUCGCCCCACAAUGGUCGAUAUUACGAAAGAACUAAGGCGAAUUGAGAGGAUUCUCCAGCCAUGAUUAUUAAUAUUUCCUCACUUGCUGCAUCCAAGUGCCUUUGUAAGCGUCAAUUUUAUCAAAUAAGGGAGAAUGUAUGGCUCCCCCUAGUCCUUCCCUCUGGUUAUUUUCCCUGCUAGUCCAUCAAAUUUCG